AAUUUCGAAUAAGUGGAACAAGUUGUGAAGAAGUAAAAUUAGUGAUCUUUCAUUGAUGAUUUACUUUUUGUGAUCUGUUAACUUUGUUCGUUAAAUUUUUGAAGUUCAUUAAUAAGAUGGACGAGGAAAAAUCUAACAGGCAAAUGCAAAGAUAAAUAGAAGGCCGAAAUUAUGUUCCAUAUGAAACUGUUCAUCGAAUCCAAUUUCAUUAUCCACAAUGCUUUGGUGGCUGCCAACAAGACGGAUGCCAAGGUUAUUGACAACACAACGUACAUAUCGAGAAGAAAUGAGAGCCCAUAUUCUAUGGAGGACGAUGAGUUCAUAUUCGACAGAACAGACGUUAGAGCUAUAUUUAUCACGCUCUACACAAUUGUGUUCUGUUGUUGUUUCUUUGGAAACCUUCUCGUCAUCCUCGUGGUGACCCUGUCGAGACGCCUGCGCUCUAUUACCAACUUUUUCCUCGCAAAUUUAGCAGUGGCCGAUUUAUGUGUGGGAGUGUUUUGCGUUUUCCAGAAUUUAACCAUUUAUCUUAUACCAAGUUGGGUGUUUGGAGACUUCCUCUGCAAGAUGUACCAGUUCGUGCAUUCGUUAAGCUAUACAGCGUCGAUAUUCAUAUUGGUUGUGAUAUGCACCGAGAGAUACUUUGCCAUUAUUCACCCCAUUACCUGCAAACAGAUUCUAACUUCGACGAGAUUGAGGUUGGUGAUCGUCGGCGUGUGGAUAACAAGCGCGGCCUACAGCGCCCCCAAAUUCAUAUGGGUUGAGACAAUAACAAACGAAUUCGGCGAUGGUCACGUAGAGACAAUAUGCAUACAGCAUCGAAUGAAAUACAACUCCGAAAUAUUCGAUAUGGUUAACUUUGGCCUGUUGUACGUUACCCCGCUCUGCGUAAUGACGGUUUUAUACACAAGGAUCGCUGUAGGGCUGUGGCAGAGUUCUCGCGGCCUUGGCCAGAUGGGACAGGGCCAGUGCUGUGGCACACAGUGUCCGCGUGCAGAUAAACCUUCCGCCAACAGCGAGUCCCAACGGCCCUUGGGAAACAAUACGGAAACCAAGGGAAAAGUGUCGACGCCGUCAAAAACAAAGUCCUGUCACGAAACCAGGAGUUGUCAUCAUCUGAGCCAUCUCUCCCGAAACGUUCUGCGUGCUCGACGCGGCGUAGUUCGUAUGCUAAUCGUAGUCGUGCUGACGUUCGCUAUAUGCAAUCUACCGUUUCACGCACGUAAAAUGUGGCAAUACUGGUCCAGUGGCUACGAAGGCAACAGUGACUUUAGCGCUCUACUCACGCCUCUCACGUUCCUAAUAACAUACUUCAACUCAGGCAUAAAUCCUUUGUUGUACGCAUUCCUCUCAAAGAAUUUCAGAAAAGGUAUGCGAGAAUUGCUGUUCUGUAAUUUUUCUGGUAAAAGGAAGAGCGAUAACUUGAUAUUGUUGAAUCGGGUGGGCGGCGGGGGGCUACGGAGGAGUUCGACACGAUCUACGCGAGCCAACUGCAGCACUGUCACUAUGGCUCCCAACGGCGAGUCAUGA